AGCGAGAUAAAGACUUUAAUGGACGCCUCGCUAAAACAGCAAUUCACUUCCGAUUUAAUUUUAAAAGAUGACUCAAUAUCAGACCGAUGGAACAGAUUUUUUAUAAAGUACGAUUGUUGUUCUGUACAUCAAGUUACAAGCACAACUAACGACUUUGACACGACCCCCUGGUGUACGACAUCCGGAUCCUGUCAACAGACGAACUCCCAGAUUCCGAAAGCCUGCUGUAAAGAUGUCACUGAGGAUGAUUACAUAAAUGCAGCAGCUAGUUGUCAUGCUACAGUCACCUCUGGAACGUAUAAAGAUAGUUGCUUUGCACGUGUAAAGAAGUUAAAUGACGAGGCUUUGACAGAAAAGGAAGUUGAUGAUUUUUUUACUGGUCUCAUUAUCAUGGAAGCGUCAAAAACAGACACCCAGAGUGUAAAAAUACCAUCAACAACCCAAGCUAAACGUCUGAAGUCCAAUCAAGCUGCUGUGUCAGCAAAAUCUGACCAAGCUGCCAUUGAUUACCAAAAACUCGCCUCAGAAAUUCUCAGGCAACAGGGUCUUCCAAACUUCAGUCAACAGUGA